AUGGCUGACGCUGCUCCUCGACGUGGAGGUUUCGGAUCUCGCGGUGACCGUGGUGGUGACCGUGGUCGUGGUCGUGGCCGCCGUGGUCGUCGCGGUGGUGCUAAGAGCGAAGAGAAGGAAUGGCAGCCCGUCACCAAGUUGGGCCGUCUCGUCAAGGCUGGCAAGAUCACCUCCAUGGAACAGAUCUACUUGCACUCUUUGCCCGUCAAGGAAUACCAGAUUGUCGACUUUUUCCUCCCCAAGCUCAAGGAUGAGGUCAUGAAGAUCAAGCCUGUCCAGAAGCAGACCCGUGCCGGUCAGCGUACCCGAUUCAAGGCCAUUGUCAUCAUCGGUGACGGUGAGGGCCACGUCGGUCUCGGAAUCAAGACCUCCAAGGAAGUCGCUACCGCCAUUCGCGCCGCUAUCAUCAUUGCCAAGCUCAGCGUUUUGCCCAUCCGUCGUGGUUACUGGGGUACCAACCUCGGUGAGCCUCACUCUCUUCCUACCAAGGAGAGCGGCAAGUGCGGUUCCGUCACUGUCCGACUCAUCCCUGCCCCCCGUGGUACCGGCCUCGUUGCCUCCCCCGCUGUCAAGCGUCUCCUCCAACUUGCUGGUGUCCAGGACGCCUAUACCUCCUCCUCCGGUUCCACCAAGACCCUCGAGAACACCCUCAAGGCCACUUUCCUCGCUGUCGGCAACACCUACGGCUUCCUUACCCCCAACUUGUGGAAGGAGACUAAGCUCAUCCGCAGCCCAUUGGAGGAGUUUGGCGAUGUCCUCCGUGAGGGCAAGCGUUACUAG